AUGACUGCGCUGCACUGGGCAGUGUUCAGCGGACACCUAGAGGCAGUAAGGUUCUUGCUUGCCAAUGGGGCAGAGGUGGAUGCCAAGGACGCCGAUCGGAGGACGCCUCUGCACUUGGCAGUACAAAGUGGAUACCUGGAGGCAGUGAGGUGUCUGCUGGCCAGUGCGGCAAAUGCAGGCGCUAAGGACGACACACACGUGACGCCUCUGCACAUGGCAGCGUACGAUGGACGCUUGGAUAUAAUGAGGUGUCUGCUGGCCAAUGGGGCGAAGGUGGGCGCUAGGGAUCGCAACCAGCGGACACCUUUGCACUGGGCAGCACAAAAUGGAGACCUGGAGGCAGUGAAGUGUUUGCUGGACAGUGGGGCACAGGUGGGACCCAGGAACAGUUGGCAUCUCACACCGCUGCAUUUGGCUACAGAGAGAGGCCAUAUGGCAGUGGUGCAGCUGUUGGUGCAAUCUUCUGCCGACCUCAAUACUAAGUGUAUAGAAGGGAGAACGGCGCUGCACAAAGCAGUACUGCAGGGCCACACUGAUUUGGGGUUGGUGCUUGUAGAGGCGGGGGCAAAUGUGAAGGUGGCAGAUAAGAGGAAGUGCACAGCAUUGCACUAUGCUGCACUCGCAGGGAACCUGGAGAUGGUGAGAUGUCUGUUGGAGAGGGGGGCAGACGUUGGCGCGAAAAAUAAUCUGCGCAAUACGCCUCUGCACUUGGCGGCAGAGAGGAGUCAUUUGGCUGUAAUGCGGCUGUUGCUGGCAUUCUUUGCUAACCCUAAUGCCAAAGGUCGGAUGGGGCGAACACCGCUGCACCAUGCAGUAUACCGUACCAAUAAAGAGAUGGCAGCGAUGCUGUUGGAGGCUGGUGCGAGUGAGGGGAUCAGUGAUGACAAGGGGAGGACACCUUUAGAAGCUGCCACACAGCGAAACUUCCGGCUGCAUGUGCAGAUCCUGAAAUAA